GGGAUCAAGCCUGUGUCUCUUGUGUUUCCUGCGUCUGCAGAGAUUCACUAGCGCCACCUGGGAACUAUUCUAAUAGCCUUAUAAAUGGUUUUGCUGUCUCUUAUCUUUGCCUUUUCUAAACCUCACUUGAUUCCAGAAUUAACUUUCUAUAUCAUCCAUCUGAUCAUGUGAAUUCCUGGACUUAAACCUGAGAAGUCUUCCCAUUGCCUACACAGAUAAGUUCAAGUUAUUAUAUAGUGGACAAAUUAAGUUCAAAUGCAGGCUGUGUGCCUUAGUAUAGCUUUGGAGUAGUAAUUUUCUCUCUGAGCCUCAUUUUCCUUUUCUAUAAAAUGAGCAUAACACUUACCUUGAAGAUUAUUAGGACAGAGGGAAGGAAUGGAAAACACUACCUUAGUCCAGGUAGCUGCCCAUAGCAAGGAUUGCACAGCACAGUGUCAGCAGCCCAGGUUUUGGCACCAGCAGACCUAGGAGCAAAUCCUGACUCUGCACAUAUUGUCUGUGUGACCUUGAGCGAGGUACCUUGAAUCUUUUGCAAAAGGCAAAAUCAGAUUAAUACUAUUUCAUGUGACUAUUAAGUAUUAGAAAUACAGAAUAAAAUAUAUAUAUAUAUGUGAGAUAUAUGAUACAUAAUAAUAUAGAGAAUUGACCACUCAUAGGCAUGCCAUGAAUAGAAGCAACUGUUAUUUACUAAUAUUGAUAAUGUCCAAGGCCGUUCACCUGUCUUUCCUGUACUAUUUCCCUCCACUUCUUCGUACCUCUGUUCUAUCCUGCCGCCCUUCCCCCUGCCCUUCCCCCUUACCAAAAAUGGGCAAUGUACUUUUUACCUCUGAGGCUUAUAGUUCCCACAGCUGGGAUUCCCUUCCUUGGGUUUUGUGUUUUGUUCUUUUUUUUUGGCGAACUACCUCUUAGGCCUUUCUCACUUGUAUUUCUCUAUAGCUUCUUCUAGCAACCAGCUCUCCCACUCCCAGGCAGACUCAGUCUGUUUUUUUUAAUUUUAUUUAUUUAUUGGCCAUGCUGCACUGCUUUCAGGAUCUCAGUUCCCUGACCCGGAAUGGACCCUGGGCCAUGGCAGUGAAAGCCUGGAAUUCCAACCACUGGGCCACCAGGGAACUCCCAGAUCAGUCUUUUCUUAGUCUGCUGUUUCGUCUCCCUUUAUUCAUAACUCUGUAGCACUCAUCACAUUCUAUUUGUUAUUUGUUGUCUGCCUUCCCAGCUAAACAGAGACCAUAUCUUUUCAUUUUUGUAUCUGCGGCUUCUGGGACAGUAAGGGCACAUAGUAAGGCUACACUGAGAGAAGUGAACUGAAUACAAGUUUAGCCGAGUCUCAGAUCUGGAAAGACCUUAGAUGCCAGGCUGGGGAGUUAAAACUUUACCCUGAGGCUGGUGAGGAGCCGUGGAAGGUUUUUAAGCAGGGUGUAACGUGACCUCGUUGUAGGUUCUUCCAGCGUCAAGUGCUCUUGGCAACACCAGGCGGGGCAUUAGGUUCCGUUCUAGCCUGAUGUGUGAGCGCUGGGACUGACUCCUCUGAAACUCUGCUGUUCCGUUUGCCGCCCCUGUGUUCUGACUUACUUAAGUGCCCCUUGACUUCAAGUUUCACCGCAUCGUGGGUUUGUCUCAUCUCCCCAGUAAGAGGAUAAGCCUCCCACUUUUCUGUGCGCAGCGCACACAGCGCUCCCUUGCUGCACACACUCUUCUCCCUAACAUGAAAUGAAGCAUGUAGUAGGUAUUUCGGCAAGUGCUGGUUCAAUUGAAAUUGAAUAGAACUCUCUGGGGAUAUAAAAUUUAGCACAACUAAAAAAAAAUAGUACAGCUAAUCCCUAGAGUGAAUCAUCUACAUGUGGCCCAGUGGAAAUGAGGGUGAGUCUACACAGUUCAGCUGUAUGGAUUAUUCAGCAAUAUAUUGUCUGUUAGAAGUUUCCUGCUGUUGGGUUGUAUAGUUGAGAAUAGAGAUGAGAACUAAAAACUCACCAACUUACAACUGUUCAAACUAUGCCACACUUUUGAGUUACACAGAAAAUUAAUAAUGAACAACUCUUGUUAGAAUAAUUCAUCCUGGCUAAGAGGCAGUUGACCCCUCGCAAGUGGGUGUUUUAGUCUUUCCUAGUUCUCCCAGUAACAAGCCCUGACCAUGGCAUAGAGUCUUGAUUUUAGCCUAACACAGAUUCAAUCAGUAGCAGAUACCAGAACCUUCUAGUAUAAAAUCAUACUCUUUGGGCCAGUGGUAAGUUCUUUCUAGGAUGGAGGUAUAAGCUAGAAAAGGAAGAAUUGCAUAAGAGCCAUGAACUUCUUUAAAUCUCAGAGCCAGACUUAAUAUGCCAGGAAAAAGGAAGUGGCACAGCCACCAUGAAUUGUUUCUGUUGGCAGGGAGACAAGAAGUGGAGUGGUUUCCUCCAUAGGCAUACACUUAAUAAUCAGGUUGUCUUGUGAGCACUCCCCGGAAAGAUAACUGCAGGGUGAUUUUGUGUGUGUCCGUGGUGGUUUAGCCAGUGGUGGACGUCUCAGACCUGGAUGCUGGAAAUUUUAAGCCUACAAUUUGAUCAAUUUUGACAAAUGUACAUACCCAUGGAGUCAUCACCCUAAACAGCACGUAGAACAUUUCUAAUACCCUAGCAUUGGCACCUCAUGUACCUUUACAGUCAACCACACGACUGCCCGACCCAGGCUACGUCUUACUGGAUUCUCUCACUAUAGAUUCUAGAAUUUCAUAUAAAUGGAAUCAUAUAAGAUGUACUUUUAUAUCUGUGCCAGUCAGUUUUGCCAGCAGUUUAUUGAGGCUCUUGCACCACUGCCAACUUAACACUACUACCCUACGGCCCCUCCCCGUACACAUAUCCUUCGUUUCCCCAAGAGUAAAUUGGGUUUUUCACCAGCUCUAGGAAGGAAUGGUUUCCCCCGCCCAGUUACUGCAUUAAUGUGAACUUCCUCCAUCCUCUGACAUUUCUAAAUAAAAAAGCUUUGGAACAUGAAAGGGGCAGCAAAUUAAAUGGUAUUUCCCCCCAUUUAUGGUCCUGGAGGAGUCCUAAUGACUAGGUUAUUCCCUCACUGCCGCAUGGGGCCUCAUUGAGAUAAUAGGAUUUGCAAGGAAAGUAUCCGGGAGACCCAAGACUGUACUCCCCCUUCCCCCUAUCCAUUAAGUCAGGACUAAGGUUUCCUCUCUAAAUCCUGAAUGCAUUAGUGGCAACUGGGUUGAGGGUCAAAUGUCAAAUACUCUGCUGUGAUGGAAGAGGACAUCUGUGGCUAAUUAGGCCACUAAUUGGCUAAACUCGGAUGGGGAAGGGCAGGAGCUGCCUUCUCAGCUCUGCACCAGUGGGAGGCCAGUUCCCUGUGCAGCCUCCAGCUCCUUGAAGGGGAUGAAAGACAAUGAGAAGAUCAAUGAGCUGAGCAAUGUCCCUGUCCCUGUCAUGCUAAUGCCAGAUGACUUCAAAGCCUACAGCAAGAUCAAGGUGGACAAUCAUCUCUUCAAUAAAGAGAACCUCCCCAGCCGCUUCAAGUUUAAGGAGUACUGCCCCAUGGUGUUCCGAAAUCUCCGGGAGAGGUUUGGGAUUGACGAUCAGGAUUACCAGAAUUCAGUGACACGCAGCGCCCCCAUCAACAGUGACAGCCAGGGCCGGUGUGGCACACGAUUCCUCACUACCUAUGACCGGCGCUUUGUGAUCAAGACUGUCUCAAGUGAGGAUGUGGCUGAAAUGCACAACAUCUUAAAGAAAUACCACCAGUUCAUAGUGGAGUGUCACGGCAAUACCCUUUUGCCACAGUUCCUGGGCAUGUACCGCCUGACCGUGGAUGGUGUGGAAACCUACAUGGUGGUCACCAGGAACGUUUUCAGCCAUCGGCUCACUGUACAUCGCAAGUACGACCUCAAGGGUUCUACUGUUGCCAGAGAAGCGAGUGACAAGGAGAAGGCCAAGGACUUGCCAACCUUCAAAGACAAUGACUUCCUCAACGAAGGGCAGAAGCUGCACGUAGGAGAAGAGAGUAAAAAGAACUUCCUGGAAAAACUGAAACGGGACGUAGAGUUCCUGGCCCAGCUGAAGAUCAUGGACUACAGCCUGCUGGUGGGCAUCCACGACGUGGACCGGGCAGAGCAGGAGGAGAUGGAGGUGGAGGAGCGGGCCGAGGAUGAAGAGUGUGAGAACGACGGCAUGGGUGGCAGCCUGCUCUGCUCCUACGGCACGCCUCCAGACAGCCCGGGCAACCUCCUCAGCUUUCCCCGGUUCUUUGGACCUGGGGAAUUUGACCCCUCUGUUGACGUCUAUGCCAUGAAGAGCCAUGAAAGUGCCCCCAAGAAGGAGGUGUAUUUCAUGGCCAUCAUUGAUAUCCUCACGCCAUAUGAUGCUAAGAAGAAAGCUGCGCACGCUGCCAAAACAGUGAAACACGGGGCGGGGGCCGAGAUCUCGACUGUGAACCCUGAGCAGUACUCCAAGCGCUUCAACGAGUUCAUGUCCAACAUCCUGACGUAGUUAUCUUCUACCUUCAGCCAGAGCCAGCGUGCUGAAUGUAGGGUCGGGGAUUGGAAGAGAGAGAAGGUGUUAUCUGGGCUAGAUGGGAGGGCGGGGAGCAGAGUGGGGGUCGGGGAGGGCUUUAGCAAGGUGACUGCAGCCUGUGACACUGAGAGAGACUCCAGCAGGAGGGGAGAGGAUGUGCCAUGCGUGUGUGUGCUCACAGGAUGUAGCCUCAUCUGCUUACCCUUGAUUCCCCCCUUGACCUAGGUUAAAAAGGUGUUUCCUUUUUGUUGCCUUGUAACAUCGUAAGAUACCUUGGGGCUAGAGAUGAUUUUCUGGGUUUAUUUGGGUUUUGUUUCUGAAAUUUCAUUGCUCCAGAUUUGCUAUUUAUGAUUUAUGUCAUCACCCUAUCCACCAUCCCCGUCCCUGCCCUGCUCUCCGUUCCCUCAAUUAAAGAAGCACCCACAGACCCAGCGAAGGGUCCUCUCAGAGCAAAAUGCUCUGGUGCCAGAGGAGAAGAGGUUAGACACCUCGGCCCUGCUGCGUUUGAUCUUGUCUGGUUGACUUUUAGUUUCAUGGAGUAUUGUGCACAGCUUCCUCUACCUGUCUGGCCUCGGCUCCAGGUGAAAUGUUACAUAGUUCCUCCAUCUAAAUGCUGUCCCUCCCAAAGGCGUGCUCCAGGUCAGCAUCAGGCAUCUUGGAGCAGAAUCAAAGAGCUCAGAGGGGAAUGAGUUCAUCCUCACGGGAUGGUCAGGGGUGGGGGACCGCUGGUUCUCAGAGAACCCCAUGAUCAUCACCCAAGCCCCGGGCUCUUUGCGGCCCCUGGAGUGCAGACAUCAUCUCUGUGAAUGAAGCCUGUCUCCCACUGAGUCAAGAGGAACUAGAAAGCACCUCUGGAUAUAACAGGACCCUCAUGCUUACAUAGUUAUUUCCCCUUGAGAAAACUCUAGAAAAGCUGAUGAGUAUCAAAUGAGGUCUUGUGCCCUCCAUCCAUUUGCUUCCUUCAGAUCUCCCAGGCAUUCUCGUUUGUAGGUGAGCUUUUAGCUGGGGCCUGGGGCGCUCCUUACAGAGAUACCUCUUCAAGCCCCAAGGCUUCCAUGCAGUAAUGUGUUGCCUGGAUGGUUGUGGCCAGCAGGAAUGAUGUACCCCACCCUCCCCUUUGGAGUGUGCCACCCAAGCCUGAGGUUGCUUCUAAGUCACUUGAGGAUCUGACCUGGGAAAUACAGUUUGGAGGCCUGAUGUGCAGUUCAACCUGGCCCAGCCUUGGAGCUGUGUUUCCUUGAUGCAUAGACUUUUUGCAUACCUGCCACCACAGGCCUCCUCAGGAGUGGCAUCUGGCUGCUUCCUUCAGGAUCUCUACCACCUUCUGAGCCUGCUACUGAGGCCUCAGAACUGCGUCCUUUUGUGAGGCCAUCAGAGCAGUCUGGCCUUGUCAGGAGAGAAAACAACUCUGUGCUGGGGGAGGUACAUUCCUGCGUCUUCUCACCUCCUCACCAGGAACUGGGGACUUGGGAUGAGAUGUGGUGAAACUUGUAGAUAACUCUGCAAAUGGAAGGGAAGUUUGUGGAACCAUUUUGAAUGAAUGGAUUGGCUUCUUUGGCUUUCUUCAACCUGGCCAAGCUCAGCUUCUGAAGCAGGAACCAGCAACAUCUCUGUGCCCCAUGCACAGCAUUUAGGUCAGGGAGGAAUGGAAACUAUGUUCUUGGACUCUACUGGGCUGUCGGAACCCUUUUGGAGAGGCAAAUGGGCCAGACAACUGCCCUGGCCCCCGAAAGGGGCUGUAGGUAUCUCUGGACGUCAGCAGCAAGACCACGAAGUGACUUGGGGAACUUGUACCAAGUGGCUCAUGGAGAAAACAGAUUUCACUUAGGGAGGGGUUAGUAGGAAUAAUGUCUGGACUUGAUUUCCCCAUCUUCUAAUCAAGAAUGAAAAUUUGAAUCUGCUCCUGGUCGGGCCCAGCAACUCCCGAGCUUGGCAGGCUGACCUCUCGGGGCCUCCACAGCCCUGGGCUCUCUCCAGCUUCCUGCCAUUUGGUCUGCUGAUCAUGUCCCUCAUAAUGUGUAUGAAAAGUGUAACCAAUUGUUCCCAGUUAAAGGUGAGCUACCAGAUAUCUAACUUCUUUAACAUUGAGUUUUUGUGGGGUGUGUUUUUUUUUUUUUUGUAUAUUGUUUACAUUUUGAGAGGUAGCAUUCUGUUUUAAAUGCUCUUUUUGUUUUUCUGACAGUAUUGUUGACUGGGUCAAAACAUUUAAGCUGUGGUUUGGUGGAUUUUAAAUUUUUUUUAAAGUUCAUUCUCUGUGCUAUCUUCAAAACCUUGGGUUUGGUCCUUUAAUUCCUUUGGCAUUCAAAUAUCUGAAAGCUAUUUAUCUUGGUUUAUACAAGGUUUUUCUCUUCUUUUUGUUAAGGAUGAAGAUGUUAAAUUUGGUUUGCAGUUUGAAUGUAGAGAAAGUGAAGUGAUCCCCAAAUUUUUGUCUGUCCCUGCUUUUUUCCCAGUCCUACCAUGCCUUGUCUGGGCAGUAGAAGGUGUCCAGGGGCAAGUGACUACCCUCACCAUCACUCUGAAGCUAAGAAGAAAAGCUGAAUGGUUUUAUGGCAUCCCAGAAUAAUUUGGGGUCUCGUAAGAACAAAGGCAUAAGAAUAGGACGCGGCUGCCUGGAUGGGGCCUGGUUGGGGAUAAGGGAGGAUUCUUUUCCAUUCUCUCCCUCUACCACUUAACCAGUCACAGCUCUUCCCAUCCUGCCCCUCUUCUUCUGAAAGUCUGUGCUGAGAAAACUCUCAUCUCCCAGGUCUCCCCACCAAAGCGAGAGUUCCCCUGAAAACUCCACCUCAACCACUAGAAGGCGGCCUCUGGCCCUUGUUCCUGUUAAUGAACCACUGAGUCUUCAUCCCCCAGUACGAGCUCCUUCCCUGUGCCUUCCAGCGUGGGGGCUACGGGGCAGGCUAGGAAGCCAGCAGUUCCAGGGGCACAGCCCAAGGCAGCGCUCGAUGUCUCCUUAUUUAGCUCAGGGGUUACUGGUCUGUGGCACGUGCUACAAGUCGCCCCUGUGGCUGAGUGGCACUCCGUAGGUCCCCACUACAGGCAGCUUAUCCUCCCUGCUCCCUCUUCCUCCUUGCGUUCCUCUUGCCUGUUUAGGCCUCACACAGGUUCCCUGGUAGUGCUCAGGGCUUGGGACUACAUGCUCCUGCCCUACUUUCCCCUCUUCACAGUCUGCCAGGGUCUGCCCAGAGAGGUGGACCAAAGACCCAGGACUUUUCUCAGUAGCCAAUCCCACCCUCCUCUAAUUGUCUUUUUAUCAAGUUGAAGAGAAAAUUUCAGCAAUACCCAGCAUUUGAGCUACUCAAAUGUUAGGGGCCAGAAGGGACGGUGUGUUUAAAACCACCCUUAAAAGGCUCUGGCCUUAGACCUGUGGCUCCCCCAGUUCCAGGGACCCCACAUCUUUCUGGCAGAAAUGUGGGGAGGGGGCUCCAACCUGAGCACAGGAAUCAAAGGGAAAACAUUCAAACUGCCCCCAAAUCUAGCCCUGGCCUUCUGAAAUGUGACACUUACAAAAAGUGUCUCCAAAGGGAAGAGGAGACCUGGCUGUCCCUGGCAAUCCUUUGGAGGCUGGGGGAGGAAACUUCCAGAGGAGUCCCUUCUCCUUGCUCAGAGCCAUUUUGGGAGGAAGUGGGAACCAAUAGCCUUUGGGGGUAGGGCCUGGUGCCACUCAGCACACCCAAGCAUCAGGUCAGGUCAUUGUAGUAAAAAAAAUGUGAAGUUUAGAUUCAGCUUUUGGGGGAGCAGGAUAAACUACCACCCUACCACGUGUGUGACUUCUCAAUUUCCCACUGCAAUUUCCAUUUUUUUAAAUAGGAAUUUUCAAACCCCUGUGCUUGUCUAAUGUCUGCUCGGAACAAUUCGAGACCCUGUUACUGUUUUAAGAUGCAUGCAUGUUAGAAGAUGAAUCUCCAACCCGGGGAAAAAAAUAAAACUCAAAAAAGCUUUGUGUACA